AUGACGGACGUUGAUUCAGAUGACACUCCGGCUUCCCGCCUGAAUGCCUUGGCAGAGGCGGCCGAGAGGCGCAACAUCGGCCAAGUCGGUGGGGCCUCAGGAAAGCAACUUCUUCAAGAACAUGAGCGGCGGCAGAUGUUCCGGCGCCUGAUUAACCCAGGAAUUUACCGUCCCAACCCCGAAGAAGUGGCGGUUGCGUCUUUGAAAGCAAGAGUUCUGUCGACUCUGGCCGAAAACCUUCUGCGAGACCCAGACAAUCCAAAGUUUCGGCAGUUCAAGACAACGAACACAACGAUAGAAAGGAACCUCGUGAAGCCGAAAGGUGCUCUGGAAUAUGCCAUUGCGCUUGGCUUUAGGCCCGAGGUUAAGGAAUUUCAGCCAUAUUAUGCUUGGAAUAAGCAUAGAAUGGAGGACCUACGUGCCGGAGCAGCGAUCCUGAAGGAAGCGCUGGACACAGAGGCUCAGAAGCAGCAGCGUUCGAAUCAAUCGAAACAAACACGGAAGGAAGCUGCCGAAGAGGUGAAACUAGCAUUCCUGGACGACAGAAUGAGCAAGUCGCUGCGCGAUCAGAUGGAGCGAGAAGCCAGAGAGGCUCGUUUAGCUCGAGGAUCUAGCGGAAGAAACGAUAACUCUGAAUCUAUAGGGGAGCUGUUGACUCCGAUCGCUGGAAGCGCCUCUCUGGAUACAUUGGACAGGGAUGGUAAUACUGACAACCCACCACCAUACCAAUCUUAG